GGCUGGGAAGCAGCGCUGCCGGCUUUUAACUCGGCCAGCGGCUCGUUACCGGCUGCGUGGGUUACGCUGGGAAUUGCUGCCAGUUCCCGUGCCCGGCUUGUGGAGUUUACGGAGCGUUUGCGAAUACUCCGCCCUGUAAUACCGCACGGCUUUGAGUUCUCUUUCUGGCUGUCCGGUGAGGUGCUGUCCUCUCGUAAAAUACUAUCGGCAGGUAAAUUACUCCACUAGUUCUUCUGUAAGUAUAACCAAAAUCCUUUGUAGUUUCUUUUUCCUGGCAGCCACCUGUCAUAAACUCACCGUAGGGUCCGAGGUCUAUGUCUACACCAGGCUGCGUAGCACAGCAGCCCGUUGUGUUUAUCUGAGCACCAAAGCAGCCUAUAUCUAUUUUAGCAGGGGGUUCUGCCCACGAUAACACUCUUUUCCUCAUCAGGUUUGAUCAGCCCCAAGCGAAUUGCCCUGCUCGCAGGGCUAAACUGCUUCUGCUGCUGGAGGUAGCUUGGAUGUUUCUGCGCAGAACUGAAUUGCAUCAUCAUCCAUAAUAAAAACUUUGCAAAUCAAAUACAGCUCCUUCUUAUGCCUAAGUGGCAGACAAGAUGGUGGCACCGGUUUGUGUGUAAGGCAGCGACGUCGGCAGGAGCAUGGCCCGCACCAAGCAGACCGCCCGCAAGUCCACCGGCGGCAAGGCGCCCCGCAAGCAGCUCGCCACCAAAGCCGCCCGCAAGAGCGCGCCCUCUACUGGCGGGGUGAAGAAGCCGCACCGUUACAGGCCGGGUACCGUGGCUCUCCGUGAAAUCAGGCGCUAUCAAAAGUCGACCGAACUUUUGAUCCGCAAACUUCCCUUCCAGCGCCUGGUGCGUGAAAUUGCUCAGGACUUCAAAACAGAUCUGCGCUUCCAGAGCGCUGCCAUCGGUGCUUUGCAGGAGGCAAGUGAAGCCUACUUGGUUGGCCUGUUUGAAGAUACCAACCUGUGUGCUAUCCAUGCCAAACGUGUCACAAUCAUGCCAAAAGAUAUCCAGCUAGCACGCCGCAUACGUGGAGAGCGUGCCUAAACUUCACUAUGAUGGGUUUGUCAUUCUCGAAGCAAAAUCUUCUUCCUGUUAUUGGUAGUAAUGAACGUUAGAUAUUUUUUCCAUGGGGUUAAAAGGUACCUAAGUAUAUGGUUGCAAAUGGAAAAAUAGGGGACAGAAUUGGGUAUUGGCAAGUUCUUUUCCAUUUUCAUUUGUGUGUGGAUUUUUAAUAUAAACGAGGGGACAUAAAACAUCAAUGCGGUCAAAAAAAUGUUUCAGUGAACAAGUUUCAACAAUUCAACUUUAUAAAAAAAAUUAUAAAUAAACCUGUCAAAUUUUUCUGGACAAUGCCAGCAUUUGGAUUUUUUUAAACAAGUAAAUUUCUUAUCAAUGGCAACUAAAUGGUGUUUGUAGCAUUUUUAUCAUACAGUAGAUUCCAUCCAUUCACUAUACUUUUCUAACUGAGUUGUCCUACAUGCAAGUACACGUUUUUAAUGUUGUCUGUCUUCUGUGCUGUUCCUGUAAGUUUGCUAUUAAAAUACAUUAAAUGAU